AUGGGAAAAAUAAAGAAAGUCUAUGAUAAUAUCGAGGUGAAGAAUCAUUUUAAAAGCCAUGCUUGGAUCACUGUUUCACAAUCCUUUGAUCUCAAAGACUUAAUUCAACAACUCUUUAAUGAAGUCAAGAAGCUGGCACCUCAAAUAUUGGAAUCCAUGGACAACAAUAAUCUGAAGGCACAACUCAAGGAUUUCCUCCAACCGAGAAGUUUUAGGUUGUCGGCAGAAUUAAAUUCACCAGAUUCAAAUAUGUUUUUGCUUUAUUCAAAAGUCAUUGGCAUUCCCUCCACCCAAAGGCUUACUGAUAAAAUUCAAGAGAGAAUGGCUAAGAAUGCAGUAACCUUCCUGCUCAAUCACCUAACCAUCUUCCUUCAACAAGAGUUAAAACUCUUGGGAGGAAUAAGAGAAGAUGCUGAGGGACAUCAGAGAUACCGUUACAAAUUCAACAUCUCAGAGCACAGCUCAAGCUCCAACACAGUCAACAUCACAUGGUAUGAUCAUCGAGGUGAUGCACUUCUACUCGAAGAAGCUGAGCUUGUGGCCAUUGAUGGGCCCAAGAAGCAGCUGAUUGGGUGGCUUAUGAAGGACACCCUAAUACUCAAAGUUGUUUCGGUGGCACAACUCAAGGACUUCCUCCAACAGAGAAGGUACGUGAUUGUUCUCGAUGAUGUGUGGAGUAUAAAUGCAUGGGAUGCCUUAAAAUAUGCAUUGCCUGAUAACAAUUAUGGCAGUCGAAUACUGCUCAUAACACGCAUUGGUAGUGUAGCUUCAACCUCUAGCGUAGAAUCCCAUGGUAACAUCCAUGCUGUGAAGGCAUUGUCGCCAAAAGAGUCUUGGAUUCUAUUUUGUUGGAAGACCUUCCAAGAGAAAUACUGCCCUCCACAUUUAGAGGAACUCUCACAAAGUAUCUUGGAAAAAUGUGUGGGCUUGCCCCUUGCAAUUGUGGCAAUUAGUGGUGUUUUGGCUACCAAAGACAAGAAUAGAAUGGAUGAAUGGGAAAUGGCUAUGCGCAGCCUUGGUGCAGAAUUGGAAGGAAGAGACAAACUUGAGAAGGAUUAUCAUAUUAAGAUAAUGAAAUUGAUUCGGCUAUGGACUGCGGAAGGAUUUGUGGAAGCGAAAGAAGGGAUGACUUCAGAAGAAGUUGCUGAAGGCUACCUUAAUGAGCUUGUUAAUAGAAGCUUGGUCCAAGUGGCAAUGAUAUGUUAUGAUGGAAGGCUUAGAAGGUCCUGCAUCCAUGACCUUUUUCGUGAGAUUAUUAUUUCAAAGUCAAUAGAACAAAGCAUUGCAGCGAUCGUUAGUGAAGAAAACACAAGGUGGCCGGAAAAAGUUCGCCGCCUAUCAAUCCACUAUACCUUGGGAAACUUGCAGCAAACAAAUCAUUUUUCUCAACUUCGAUUGUUGCUAAUGUUCAAAGUGGCAGAGCCUCUAUCAAAGUCAUCAAUGCCUAUAUUAUUCAAUGGUGGUUUGAUGUUGUUAAAGGUUUUGGACCUGAGAGGUGCUUCUUUAGAGACAGUUCCAAAUGAAGUAGCCAAAUUAUUUCAUCUACGGUAUUUAAGCUUGAAGAGAACUGACGUGGUAGGUGACAUGGCACAACUACUAGCACCGUUGCAGAAAGUGUCUAACGUUGCACCAAUGUUCACAUGUCAGAUUCACCAUGUUAAAGGCACAUGUGAGCACAUGAUGACUACUGAUGGUGCGUAA